GGUCAAUUGGUAAGUCAGAUUCGUGUUUGCUAAGAUUCUAGCCACAUCCAUAAUCUGAAGCUACUCGUUGGUUUCAUUUUGUUCUUGGGUUUUAACACUUGUUGGUCUUUCACACGUGCUUGUUAAGGAAACCCCCGUGUAAUAGGGCUAAAAGAAAAGAGCUUUGUGUUUGCUAUAUAUAUAUAAUCAGCAAAACCCAGAAAUAUUUUGCAUCUGGGUCAAGCUAUAUUCGAAUAAAAAUCAAAAAAAAAAUUUAUAUUUUAUUUUUUAAUCUUGGGUGAAAUUCUAAUGGAGGAUGAUACUUGGAGCAUUGGUUUUUCUACUGCUUCACGGAGCUACCAAUCAACUUUAAAGACUCUGUCCGAUCUUUGUAUAGAUUUGGAGGAGGAGAUUGAAGGUGACGAUGAGUCAAAAACAGAAUAUCCAUGCCCAUUUUGUACAGAGGAUUUUGAUUUGGUUGGGUUGUGCUGCCAUAUUGAUGAGGAGCAUCCUAUAGAAGCAAAGUCUGGGAAAUUGAAACUCUAUAAAAGUGAGUCUUAUUCAAAUCCUUUUUCAAGAAAGGAGUUUCAAGAUGGACGUUUCCGAACUCUUCCUACUGGGUCAUCUCCUGCGGUUUCUACCUCUAAGAUGGCGCCUGAUCCACUGCUAUCAUUUCUUUACAAUGCACCUGCUGAUGACAAGUCUGAAAGUAUGCAACCUGAUUCUUCAUCUGAAGUGAGCUUAGAAGAUGAAAACUCUGAGGAGACAAUAUUAGAUAGAACUUCUCAGCUAAUUCCUUUAUCAGACAAAGACCAAAUAGAGAAGGCUGGGAGAUGCGAGUUUGUACAGGGACUAUUCUUGUCCGCCAUCCUUGAUGACAGCUUAUGAAUGGGAUACAUAUCUUGUUGGUCAUCAGUUUCUCAAAUUUUAAUGUAGACUUCCAUGAUCAACAUUGUGUUAGAUAUGCUGAUGCAUUUGAUAGAAAGGGCCCAAGUUAGAUAUAGGAAAUUGAAUGUAAUGCAUGUUGCUAGUUAAUGUUAUCACAUAGGUCCAAAUAGAGCCAGACUCUUUAAGUUCCCGUCUCAGAAUUGUAUUUUCAUGGUGGGAUUAUUUAAUGUUUCACUUUUCUUAUGGCUCUAAUACAGAAUUAACUCUUUGGAAA